UUGGCCGGCAGACUACAGCCCCCGCUUCUGUCAGCGGAGUAGCAGGAACCACUGCAGGCAUCGUGGAACAAGCCAAGAGUCUCCUCAACAAGAAGGCCGACUACAAGCCCCAGACAAACAGCUCGAGAAACAGCAUAGUCACCAGUCCCAAAGGCAACGUCCCCUCUGCUGCACUGGAGCCACAGACUACUGUAAUCCAUAAUCCAGUAGAUGGGAUCAAGGAAUCGUCCGACAGCAGCAACACCACUAUUGAAGAUGAAGAUGUGAAAGCUCGCAAGCAGGAGAUAAUAAAGAUCACGGAGCAGCUUAUCGAAGCUGUCAACAAUGGAGACUUUGAGGCCUACGCGAAGAUCUGUGACCCUGGUCUCACCUCAUUUGAGCCUGAGGGUCUGGGGAACCUGGUGGAAGGCAUGGACUUUCAUAGAUUUUACUUUGACAAUCUCCUUUCUAAAAACAGCAAACCCAUCCACACCACCAUCCUCAACCCUCAUGUGCACAUGGUCGGAGAUGACGCGGCCUGCAUUGCAUACAUUCGCCUGACGCAGUUUAUGGACAGCCAGGGUCAACCCCGCUCCAGCCAAUCAGAAGAGACCAGAGUAUGGCACCGCAGAGACAGCCGGUGGCAAAACGUCCAUUUCCACUGUUCAGGGGCCCCCGCUGCACCGCUGCAGGGCUGAGGUACAACAACAACAGGCAGCAUUUGGAAGUGGAGCGUAGCUGAAGUCGAUGAUCUGACAAAGUGGUCAUCAGCGUGGAGAGAGGGGCGCAGGUGGAUGGAGGGUCGGCUUUCAGGAUUUAGGAACGACGGGUCGUCCUCCGGCCCUCGGCACACCCACCCACCUUGCUCUUCUCUUUCUGCAGCCACAGCAGACGGUCACACCAACAUCACAUCAGCUGCAGCAAGGAGACCCCCGUCAGCCCCCCUCUGUGGCUGCACCUGACCAACAAACACCUUCGCUUGAUUCUGUCAGCCUCGUGCGCACCACUUUCCUCUUCGUGCUCGUCCUUCUCUGCAAAUCUAAAGUUGAAAUCUUAGUGUUUCCAUGGUUGCAGUUUAUUGUUGUGCUCUUUUACCUGUACAGUAAAUUUAUUAACAAUUUAAACCUUUUUUAUGAUGAGCAUGAGUCUUACCUGUGUUGCUUAUCUUACCUGUGGGUAUUUUGCAUGACUAAAGCUGCUUGUGUGAGACAAUCAGAACCACAAGUCUCACUGGUAGAGAGUUGGUGGAAUUAAUUACUGUUUUGUUUGAUUAUUUUAUUGGCUGGGUUUUUUUAAUCCUUUUUUUCUGGAGUGUUGUGGCGUCCAUGUGCUCCUGACCGCUCAGAGCUGAUCUGUGACACAGUAAAAAUCAUGCAGCAUGCUAAGAUGUUUCUGCCUUUAAAGAUUCUUUGUGUG